CGUAUGUAUAACAUAUCUCAACACAAAUUCUUUACAAACCACAUUCAUAUUUAAGUAAAAUACAACUGUUGAUGUCAAGGUUGUCGCUGACGUCGACUUCAUCUAUCUUGGGCACCGAAGCGGCUUGAUGUGCCCCUUCAUCGUAACCUUUCUUAGUGAUGUAGCCUCUAAUCUCUUCCUGCAAAAAAAAAAAAAAAAAGGUUCGUCGGCGAUCUUAGUGGGGCACCCUCUGACACUCAAGUUAGUUUCCGGUAUGGGGGAUAAAAUAUUUCACAAAGUGUUUGCAGGAGGUGAGCCUCGAAGAUGAGAGUUACUGAUGGUAGUGGGCGCUCUCAGGGUACUUCCCCCUGGUCUGUUGCCUUACCUUCGUUUGGAGAAUAUGAACAUGUUUUAUACUAUUUACUUAGGGGACAAACGGAGGACAGGUGUCGGCACCGGAGGUGAGAAUGGACACAUCACCAGACAUGUGUCGUCGAGGUCCGCCUGCGCCUGCCAUGUGGUUGUACAUUGUCAACUAUGAUUUUGCCUUAUGAGCCAACUCUUGCCACAUGGAAACUAGUUAAUGAGACUGCAUGCCACAUAUACAGGUGAAAGGGCAAGCAAUGGAUCCACAUUCCAGGAGGUGGGAGUGGGAGUAACUGUGGAUCUGGGAUCCGGGGGGAGGCAGAGUCCCGACACCGGAGGAAAAAUCAAGCGGGGGGCAAUAGUGCACCACAGGUAGCAGGAGUCGGGCGGGAGGUGAAGCUCGGGUGCCGGGGCAAUAGUGCGUUGUCGGGUACCUAGAGUCGGGAGUCACACAGGAGGUGGAGCCCGGGUGUCACGAACAAAAUUAAGAACGAGGGAAAUAGUGCACCAGCGGCCGGCGGUAAUAGAAGUCGGGCGAGAGGUGGAUCCCAGGUACCUAGGCAGGAUUAAGACAGGGCAAUAGUGCACCGGCGGAGAGACUAGAUCUUGGGCCCGGAUGCAAUGAUGCACAUGCAAGAUCCGGGUGGAGAGAGUAGAGGGGUCAGGCCCACCAACGGGGGAGGCUCCCCAUUAUCGGGGGCAAUCAUGAGUCAAGGUAUGAUUUUGUGUUGGCACGCCAGUUUAGGGGGCAGUGGUGGGCCCGGAUGCCAUUAAAAUAUUUUUUUUUUACUUUGGUCUGCACAAGAUCAAUACUCACUCUUAAUCUUGGUGAGUUUAUUAGAAGAAUACAUAUUUUGAAUGUUGGUGAAGACGAUUUAGGAGGUGUACAAGUCUUGGGCUUGGGGAGAGAAUUUCCUCUCCCUAUGACUUUUGUCUUCACUUUCUUUGAUUUCCAUGAGUCUAUUAGAAGACUAUGCAUUUUUGUUGGAGUUGUGUCCACUUGGAGUUGCUCAGUUGCACUUUUGUUAAACUUUGUGAGGGUGCUCCUCAUAGGGAUAUGUGUCCACUUGGAGUUGCUUAGUUGGAGGAUGUCUAGUAUAUCAAUAAUCCGUGAAGUCAAACGAACAAGGGCUUGCCCUAGUGGUAACACCACUAGCCUAGAACCUGGAGGUCCCAGGUUCGAAUCCCUUAAGUAGUACCUUAAUAGCAACAAAAUGAACCUAUAUCACCUUUAUCCAAAAAAAAAAAUUCCGUGAAGUCAAGGCCAGGGUGGUAUCUAUUCAAAUACAUAUAACUCUUAAUGGAGACAUCACCCCCAAUUUGUCUUGGUCAAUUAAUAAUCCGGAUGGUGUUCGAAACAUCCCACCUCCUGUUUUUCAACAGCAGCAGCCUCAACCUGAAAAGAUGCCCCAGCUGGAGGAGUUGAUUUGGCUCAUAUACAGAAAACAGAUAAAAAUAUGAAUGGCUUGGAUCGAUCUGUCACUCAACAGUUGGCUAUCGACAUUAAUGUGCAAUCAUCUCUGUUAGCUGUGGAGAGGCAAAUAGGCCAGAUGGCUCAAACUUUGGCAGAUAUUCAAGGUAGAAUUCCUGGGACUUUACCAGCAAAUACUGAGAGAAAUCCAAAGGAUGCCAUGGUUGUAGUUGUCUCAUUGAGGAGUGGGAAGGAGUUGGAGGAUCCAAAGAGCAAGAAAAAUCCAAUAGAAAAAGAAGGAGCUGCAAAGAUAGAUGAUGAAGAAAGUGCAAAACCUGAAAAAUCUUACUUGCACAGGCAAACUACAUGUAGUUUGCCUGUGCAUGAUCCUUUUGCCUAUGCACCUCCAAAAGUGGAAAAAUCCAAGAAUAAAGAGGUAAAGCCUUAUGAACUUCACGCACCAUUCCCUCAAAGGUUAAUGAAGCCCAUGGAAGACCCAAAUUUCAAGAAAUUUGUGAAUAUGUUCAAGCAACUUCAUAUCAACACACCACUAGUGGAGGCACUUGAACAGAUGCAUGCAUAUGCUAAAUUCUUAAAGGAGUUGCUGACAAAGAAGCACAAAUGGGCUGAUUUAGAGAAGGUAACCCUUACUUGUGAAUGUAGUGUUGUGAUUCAAAAUAAACUACUAGAAAAGAGGGAUGAUCCGGGCAGCUUCACUAUUCCAUGUGUCAUUGAAGGUACAGAGUUUGAUAAAUCUCUUUGUGAUCUUGGAGCAGGAAUUAAUUUGAUGCCAUACUCACUCUACAAGAAAUUGGGAUUGAGAGAUGUUCUUAAGCCUACUUGGAUCACUCUCCAAUUGGCUGAUCGAUCAGUGAAAAUUCCAAAGGGAGUGGUGGAGAAUGUAUUGGUGAAGGUGGGGAAGUUUAUUCUCCCAAUAGAUUUUGUCAUUCUAGAGAUGACAGACGAUCAGAGAGUGCCUCUCAUCUUGGUAGACCUUUUCUAGCCAUUGGCGAUGCACUCAUUGAUAUCGGGAGAGGCAAGUUGACCAUCAGAGUAGGUAAGGAAGAGGAAAUUUUUAAUGUCUUUCAAGUUGAUCAUAAUCACGGUGCAUUGAUAACUUUGAAAGUGGAGCUCGAGAAAGGGAAAAUUCCUCAUCCUAUGAUAGUGGACCACCCGAAGAACUAUCACAUGUCCUAUCAGCUCAAAUCCUUAAAUCAAAGCAAAGACAUAAAUCCUUGCCAGGUCACCUCAAGUAUAGAUAUUUGGGUAAGGAUUUCAAUCUUCCUGUUAUUAUUCAUUCUUCACUGACAUUGAAACAGGAAGUGUACUUGCUUGAGGCACUGCAAUACCACCUACGCUUCACUAAAGGGUCCAACAUGCAAGCUAAGAAGGUCAUACCAAAUUUUCGCACACUUGACUCUGCAGAGGUGACUCGUAUGUUGGAUGGAGGUUAUGCAUUCUAUCAUUGCUCGGGAGGGUAUUCUGGAUACCUUUCAAUACCAAUUGGUUGAAAGCUCCAUGAACGUCAAGCUAAGGACGCUAAACAAGUGCUUCUUGGGAGGCAACCCAAGGUUAGUUUCUUUUCUUUUCUUUUAUUUUUAGUUGUGUCAAACUCGUGCAUGUUUAGAAUAAGAGUUGAACAUUAGAGACAAUGUUCCAUCCUGAGUGUGGGGGUGGUGAGUCUUAGUGUUUGUUUGUUCCUUUUGUCAUGUGGUCAGUGAAAAAACUGCCAUUAGGUUGUGCACAGGCCAACUGCAUGCAAUCUACCUGUGUAGGUGCAGUCUGCCUGAUCUAACCUAAUGGCUAAAAAGCAUCUAAAAAUCAGAAGAAGAAAAAACCUUGUACUCUUGUGGUAAUGUGAUGUAAAUGACCGGGAUGCCUUUUAAAUGAUUUUUGCAUGAAUGAAAUCAUCAAAAUCACCCCACUAAUGUUGAAUUGCAAAGUUAUUCACUAUGAGCUUGAUGUUUUUACUGAUAUGAUAUGCUUUGAAUUAGCAAACUCUUUUAAGAACAUUCUCUUUUAGGAGGAUAAUGUAAUGUCUUAAUGGUAAAGUGGUUAGGUGGAGAGCAUUGACCAUUCGACAUGUUUGGAUAUCGUGUUUACCUGCAUCUCUGUGAGCUUAUGACUUUGCCAGUGAGUCUCUCUGUUUUUGAAUGUUUUAGAUGGGGUGAACAGUAUCUUUCUAAAAUAAAAAAUCCUACCUGACAGUAAAAUAUAAGAAAGUUUCCAUAACAAUUAAAGUGUGUGUAAAGUACCAAAAUCGUGUGAGGCAAUCACUCAUUGCAGAGGGGAUUAGGAAAGGUUCAAUUGAACGCUGGUUCGCGACCGUACGAUGUUGCUUUUCAAGUACAAUCCUCUGCCGAGUGAAGUGCCAUUUGAGAAUGUGCAUUGACCCUCCACACAUAUCGAGGAAAAGAAGUUGAAAGAAGCCCUUAUGCGAGUGCUAAGAAGCAGAAAUUGCUCUUGCUCGAUCACCAGUAGUAAGAAACAAAUGCCACUUAUACUAAAUACGACUACUCGGCAAAUAAAUCAGAAAGAGAGAAAGACUCUCCUUGUUAGAAAAGGUAGUGAUGUGCUUAAAGCUAAAACCAAGUUUACUAAAAAGCUUCCCUCAUGUGUUUUUGAUACUCUUGUGCUUAGUUGAUUCCUUAUGAUUGAUGUGAGUAAUCCAAAUUGUCCUCACGAGAUAUGCACCUCACUGAUGUGGUCAGAUUUUUCUAUUAACUUUUUCACCUUAAGUUAUCCGCUACCGACGCUCAAAUUGAGUGUUGCUAAUUUGGUAAGUCGCAUCAUAUUUGAGUCCGACAAUGGUAAUUGAUUGCAAGGAACUUGAGUGUGGGGUGAAAGGAUGAUCAUUGAAGCACAAUGCAUCCAUUGAGAAAGAAACUACAAAUUAUCACAAGAGUAAAUGGGCCAAUUUAUG